CGUCUCCUUCAUUUCCGCCAAAUCAUUCUCCCCGCCAUUUCUUUCUCAGAAAAAACUAAAAAUUACCUGCCAGGCAGAACCCUAGCUCGUGGCCUUUAAUUCUCCAUUUUCAUUCUUAGUUCAUGAAAAGCACUCUGUUGAAUCAAAAAGCAGCGUAGAUUUCUUUUCUGCUGCUGUUUACCGUUUUUUCCGAAGGUAGAUAUCAUGAACAGAGAGAAGGUUCAUCAUGCGUGUACAGCUCUCUCUGCAUCCGUAGUCUCUGUGUUUUUGCUUUGUUUAUUACGCCCAGUAGCUUGCCAAAAUACAGGCAAUCCAAAAUACAAUCAAGUUUACUCGGGUCUUGUCGAGCAGAGCAUAGCUAGCGUCACCACCACCUUAAAAAGCGACGUCACUAAACAUCUCGGAUUCUGCAUUCUUGACAAAGACAAUGAUUGGGAUGAGGCAUUCAAUUUUUCAAAAAAUCCAGAAUUCUUGGCCUCUUGUGCCCAGAAAAGCAGAGGGGACUUGCAACAACGGUUGUGUACAGCGGCAGAAACGAGGUUUUACCUUAGUAAUUUUUACACCAAAGAGCAGGGUUCAUCAUCAAUGACAUCCCAUUAUUUAAAGCCUAACAAGAACUGUAAUUUGACCUCAUGGGUUUCUGGAUGCGAGCCAGGAUGGGCUUGUAGUGCUGGGGAAGAAAAGACGGACAUGAAAAAUUCGAAUGACAUGCCUAUCAGAACUGAAGAUUGUCAACCUUGUUGCGAGGGAUUCUUCUGCCCUACGGGUUUAACUUGCAUGAUACCUUGUCCGUUGGGAUCUUACUGCCCUCUUGCAAAACUCAAUCAAACUACUGGUUUAUGCGACCCUUACAAUUACCAAUUACCUCAUGGCCAACCUAAUCACACCUGUGGAGGAGCACAUGUUUGGGCCGACAUCGGGAGUAGUACUGAGGUAUUCUGUUCAGCAGGAUCAUAUUGCCCGACUACGACCGAAAAAAUUCCUUGCAGUAAAGGGCAUUAUUGUAGGCUGGGUUCAACUUCUCAACAAGAGUGUUUUCGGUUGGCAACUUGUCAUCCCAAUUCAACAACACAAAAUAUCACUGCAUAUGGCAUAUUAUUGUUUGCUGGAAUAAGUCUUGUGCUUCUUAUGAUAUAUAGCUGCUCUGACCAAGUGAUAGGAACUCGGGAGAAAAGGCAAGCACAAUCCAGGGAAAAAGCAGUUCAAAGUGUAAGAGAAUCAGCACAACAUGAAAAAUGGAAAUCAGCGAAAGAAAUUGCUAAGAAGCACGCAGCUGGUCUACAAUCACAGCUAUCUCGAACAUUUUCUCGAAGAAAAUCUUCAAAGCUUGAGUCUCUGAAAAGUGUAAGUCAUGCUAAACCAGGAACAGAUGCUGCCCUACCACCCAUGCCAACCGCUGCUCCGCCUCUUCGUGUAUCAAAAGAUAAUAAAAAGGAAAAAAGUAAACUCACACAGAUGUUAAAUGAAAUUGAGGACAAUCCUGAGAAUCAAGGUGGCUUCAAUCUGGAGAUUGGAGACAAAAAUAUUAAAAAGCAUGCACCAAGGGGUAAGUUGCAGACUCAAAGCCAAAUGUUCAGGUAUGCGUAUGGUCAAAUUGAGAAAGAAAAGGCUAUGCAGGAGCAGAACAAAAACUUGACAUACUCUGGGGUAAUCUCAAUGGCCAAUGACAUUGACAUCAGGAAGAGGCCUCCUAUUGAGGUCGCAUUCAAAGAUUUGACAAUUACUUUGAAAGGGAAAAACAAACAUCUGAUGAGGUGUGUGACUGGAAAAUUAUCCCCCGGCCGAGUUUCAGCUGUGAUGGGCCCAUCUGGGGCUGGAAAAACAACAUUUCUCUCUGCUUUAAGAGGAAAAGUACCAGGGUGCAUCAUGACUGGCGAGAUUCUUAUUAAUGGAAAGGCUGAUUCAAUUCAAUCAUACACGAAGAUUAUUGGUUUUGUGCCACAAGAUGAUAUCGUGCACGGAAACUUGACUGUGGAAGAAAAUCUAUGGUUCAGUGCAAGCUGCAGACUCGCCGCUGAUCUUCCAAAACCAGAAAAGGUGCUUGUUGUAGAAAGAGUAAUCGAGUCCUUGGGGCUUCAGCAUAUAAGGGAUUCUCUAGUUGGGACAGUGGAGAAGCGAGGGAUCUCUGGAGGUCAAAGGAAACGAGUGAAUGUUGGACUGGAAAUGGUUAUGGAACCUUCACUUCUAAUAUUAGAUGAACCGACAUCUGGUCUGGAUAGCUCAUCUUCUCAGUUACUUCUUAAAGCCCUUCGACGCGAAGCUCUUGAAGGAGUGAACAUCUGCAUGGUGCUUCACCAACCAAGCUACACCUUGUACAGGAUGUUUGAUGAUUUAAUUCUUCUUGCUAAGGGAGGUCUUACAGUAUAUCAUGGACCAGUGAAGAAAGCUGAAGAGUACUUUUCUAGCCUUGGAAUUAAUGUUCCUGACCGUGUCAAUCCUCCAGAUUAUUUUAUCGACAUUUUGGAAGGCAUAAUAAAACCAAAUACUAGUUCAGGGGUUACUGACAAACAACAACUUCCAGUAAGAUGGAUGCUUCAUAAUGGAUAUUCAGUUCCCGUGGAUAUGCUAAAGCUUAUAGAAGGAACGGAAGCAUCUGCAGAGAACAUUGUUAGUGAUAAUGUGCCUGAUGGAUCAGAAGUUCAUUCUUUUUUUGGAGACUUUUGGGAGGAUGUAAAAUGUAGUAUUCAGGUUAAGAAGGAGAUUCGAACGAAUUUCUUGAAUUCGGGGGACUUAUCUCAGAGGAUAACCCCUAACGCUUUCCAACAGUAUAGAUACUUUCUGGGCAGGGUUGGUAAGCAGCGGCUACGAGAGGCUAGAACUCAGGCGGUAGAUUGUCUGAUCUUAUUACUUGCUGGAAUCUGCCUAGGAACACUGGCUAAAGUCAGUGAUGAAACUUUUGGCUCAACGGGGUAUAUAUACACUGUGAUUGCAGUUUCUCUCCUGUGCAAGAUUGCGGCGUUGAGAUCUUUUUCUCUAGAUAAGCUUCACUACUGGAGAGAAAGUGCUUCUGGCAUGAGCAGCCUGGCUUACUUUCUUGCCAAGGAUACAGUCGACCAUUUCAAUACAAUCAUCAAGCCUCUGGUGUAUCUUUCCAUGUUCUACUUCUUCAACAACCCACGAUCAUCUGUGAUCGAUAAUUAUCUUGUUUUAGUCUGCUUGGUGUAUUGUGUGACUGGUAUAGCAUAUAUUUUGGCCAUCUGUUUUGACCCAGGACCAGCUCAACUGUGGUCAGUGCUUCUUCCAGUUGUUUUGACUCUAGUAGCAAACCAAAAUGACGCUGAGGCAGUUGUAAUGAAACUCUCCAAGAUAUGCUACACUAAAUGGGCCAUGGAAGCCUUUGUGAUAGCAAAUGCUAAAAGGUAUCCUGGAGUCUGGCUAAUAACAAGAUGUGGUACACUUUUGGCCAAAGGGUUUGAUAUUACAGAUUUUUUUCCAAACCUAAUAUACCUUCUUAUUACCGGUGUUCUUAGCCGUGUAUUUGCUCUCUUUUGUAUGUUUUCCUUCCAAAAGAAAUAGUUUCAGAUUCUUUUUGUUUUCAAUCCACCCUUCCUGUACAAAAAACAGGAUUCUUGAGGAGUUGUUGCGCCUCUGGGAAUCCAUAUGUAGCAUAUCUAAAUAUGCUGGUUUUAUCCUGUAUACACAAAUGUAUUUCUUACUGU